AUGUCCUUCGGCUACGCCCUAGGCGACUUCGUCCUCCUAACGCAGCUGGCCUGGGACGUCGUCCAGAACUCCCGCAAGGCAUGCGGCGCCCACGACGAACUCACCACCGAAGUGGCCAGCCUGCACAUCGUUCUCCGCCGCCUCGAGCUCGAAGUCUCCAAGCCGAACUCAAUCCUAACCCGAAGCGAAGACAGCCUCGACCGAAGAGAAGAACUUGCACAGUUGUCUAGCGAUUGCAAAAGGGUACUAAGGGUACUUGAUGGAAUAUUGGAGAAAUAUAAUGCGUUGUCGGAGGAGAAGAGAAGUGUGACGAAGCUAUGGAAGAGGGUGCAAUUUGGAAAUGGAGAGAUGUUGGAUUUGGCGGAGCUGAGGGUCAAGAUCACAACGAGUACUUCUGCUUUGACGCUGUUCUUGAAUCUUUUGUCGAUUGCGUCACAAGGAAAAGUGGAGAGUUAUAUGGAGAGCCAGGGCGAUGAAUUGAGGGAAAUGAGGCGGAGCUUGAAUUGGAUUACUGCAUCCAUGCAGGCAAAGUCUCCGAAAGCCGGGGAAGGAUCGAUACUGACGACUUAUGCUGGCGAUGAUAAGGCGAUUUGGAAGGACUUUCGGAGGGAAUUGAUUAAAGAAGGGUUUUCGAGCGAGGUGUUGCAAAUGCAUAAGGAGACUAUCAAGGAUUAUGUGAUGGAACUUGGGGAUCGGGGUGCUUUGGAUGAUGUUGAAGAUGAUUUUGGAGCUGGGGGCUUGCCGUUGGAAGGUACUGGCGGUAUGGCCAGAAGAAAUGAGCUGGAAGACCGGAAUGAAGAAGAAGUAGAAAAAGAGGAGGAGAAGGAGGUCGAGAACUCGGAGCCUGGACCACAAGAAGCGGCAGUAGCCGAUGCCGUGGAGAGUUCAGAUGAGACAUCAGAGGAUGGCUCAGGAAAAACUCCAGAGCAGUGUUCAGGUCCAAAACCGGAGCAACAAUCGGACCGAAUACCCGCAGAGGAGAUCACGAACGAUAACGGCAAACCUGGAUUACAGAGGAACACAAAGACAUCGGAUCCGGGUGCCGCCUUCGAAACAAACGGCGAUGGAGUCCGUGUUAACAAUAAGGAACCACUAUUAUGCGGCAAUCAGCACAAUCUCGAAGACUCGUCAAAUCCCCAAGCGCAAUCAGUUGAUGGUGAUGCGCCUGUCACUUCCAAACGUAUCAACGCCGCAGUUGAAUCCCAAACAGACCAUGAUUCUGAACCAAUCUUCUUUGGGGUAGAAAACCUCGACAAAAGCAAGAUCGAAGGAGCUGUUGGAAAUGCCAAAACCGUAGCCAGAGAAUCAUCGGGAACAUCACUCCAACCAAGUGUAUCCGCUGCUGAUAUAUCCAAGGUUCCACAGUUUCACUAUGAUUCAGACUUUUACUUCAUGGGAGACACAGAAACUCUGGUGGGUGUAAAACAUUGGUCGUUAGGCCCGUACAAAUAUUUUCGAAGUUGGUCAAGGGCUUGGUAUUCGUUAUCAGUCAUCAUUGAACCUUCUCUCUUCUACAGUGAAAGCGUGCCUUCGGCGAGAUCGUCACGCAUAUACAACCCCCAUUCCCUUUGCUACGAGAUUCUCUGCCUCGCGCGCUGGUAUGACCAGGCACAAGCCACAAUCAAGCCUUCGUCAUCUCCAACGCAUAUAUUCUCCAUCGCAGAUGAAUUCCAGCGUUUAGUCGCACAUGCAAGUACUUACUAUGUUCGUGUACGACGAGCGUUUGAGCGGGUGCGGUUUCCGAAACGUUUGCAGUUCCUCUCUUUCUAUCGCAAAAUGCUUCGAGACUUCUACUGUUGGGUUCGGGAGGGGAUACAACACUCGCAAGCCUAUGAAAGCGAAGAAAACCAAAGUGCCACACUUAACUCAAUGUGGAUGUUGGAUAAGUCACUAUACUUACAACAGCGGAACAUUGAGUGGAUUUGGCACACAACUUCGGCUGUUGAAAAACUGAAGGCACGAUCUCUGCACGAACUUGGAACGCGAGCUGCUCUUGAUUUUGUGUAUCGUCUGUUUGAAGAUGAGCGCGUUCGUUCACGACUCACCCAUUUGAUCACAAAUGUCCAAAGCUUGUUGCUAUUUUUCAAGCGAUGGUGUGAAGAUGAUCUGCUAGAACAGGAGUGCGCUCAAUAUCACAACAAGCACCACUACAUCCUUCGGCACCACCCUAUCCCGGAGUACGAAAUGAGGGACUCUGGUGUAGCAAACGCGGCUUACGAGGUGAAGAUGUGCAAAGUCGCUCUAGAAACUUGGGCAUUUCAAAACGACUUCUCUAAGGAAAGGGUCACUACCAAACGCUUCGCGAGAAGCGAAAAUAGCCUGAGCGCGAUACUAGAAAGGUUCGAUGAAUCCCAGCAAAAAUUGUACCAGGCCCGGAAUGCACUGGACCCUGUCAUCGUAGGGAGUGGGGUACCUUUGGACAAAGCUAGAUCCGGGAAACGGGAAGGCAAGAAGAAGAAGUAG